GGAGGCGGCGCAGUGGCUGCGGAGCUCGUGCGGACGGCCAGGGGUCUCUGAGCACGGCGGACGGCAGCGCCCGGAGCGUUUGGCUACCAUGUCGGUCAGCGUCCACGAGACCCGCAAGUCACGGAGCAGUACGGGCUCCAUGAACAUCACUCUCUUCCACAAGGCCUCCCACCCCGACUGCGUGCUGGCCCACCUCAACACGCUGCGCAAGCACCGCAUGUUCACCGACGUCACACUCUGGGCGGGUGACCGGGCCUUCCCCUGCCACCGGGCCGUAUUGGCCGCCUCCAGCCGCUACUUCGAGGCCAUGUUCAGUCACGGCCUGCGGGAGAGCCGGGAUGACACGGUCAACUUCCAAGACAACCUGCACCCCGAGGUGCUGGAGCUGCUGCUGGACUUUGCCUACUCCUCCCGCAUCGUCAUCAACGAGGAGAAUGCCGAGUCGCUGCUGGAGGCCGGCGACAUGCUGCAGUUCCAUGACGUGCGGGACGCGGCCGCCGAGUUCCUGGAGAAGAACCUCUUCCCCUCCAACUGCCUAGGCAUGAUGCUGCUGUCCGACGCCCAUCAGUGCCGCCGGCUCUACGAGUUCUCCUGGCGAAUGUGCCUGGUGCACUUCGAGACCGUGCGGCAGAGCGAGGACUUCAACAGCCUGUCCAAGGACACGCUGCUGGACCUCAUCUCCAGCGAUGAGCUGGAGACCGAGGACGAGCGGGUGGUCUUUGAAGCCAUCCUCCAGUGGGUGAAGCACGACCUGGAGGAGCGGAAGGCCCACCUGCCCGAGCUCCUGCGCAGUGUGCGCCUGGCCCUGCUGCCAUCGGAUUGCCUGAAGGAGGCAGUCUCCGGUGAGGCCCUCCUCAUGGCGGACGAGCGGACCAAACUCAUCAUAGACGAGGCCCUCCACUGCAAGACCAAGAUCCUGCAGAAUGAUGGGGUGGUCACCAGCCCUUGUGCCCGGCCACGCAAGGCAGGCCACACGCUGCUCAUCCUGGGGGGCCAGACCUUCAUGUGUGACAAGAUCUACCAGGUGGACCAUAAGGCCAAGGAGAUCAUCCCCAAGGCAGACUUGCCCAGCCCCCGGAAGGAGUUCAGUGCCUCUGCAAUCGGCUGCAAGGUCUAUGUGACGGGAGGCAGGGGCUCCGAGAAUGGGGUCUCCAAGGAUGUCUGGGUGUAUGAUACUGUCCAUGAGGAGUGGUCCAAGGCAGCACCCAUGCUGAUCGCUCGCUUUGGCCAUGGCUCGGCAGAGCUGGAGAACUGUCUGUACGUAGUAGGAGGACACACGUCCCUGGCCGGCGUCUUCCCGGCCUCGCCUUCAGUCUCCCUGAAGCAAGUAGAGAAAUAUGACCCUGGAGCCAACAAGUGGACGAUGGUUGCCCCACUGAGGGACGGUGUCAGCAACGCUGCAGUGGUAAGCGCCAAGCUGAAGCUUUUUGUUUUUGGAGGGACCAGCAUCCACCGAGACAUGGUAUCCAAAGUCCAAUGCUAUGACCCAUCAGAAAACCGGUGGACUAUCAAGGCUGAGUGUCCCCAACCUUGGCGGUACACAGCUGCUGCUGUCCUGGGCAGCCAGAUCUUCAUCAUGGGAGGUGACACAGAAUUCACAGCUGCCUCAGCCUACCGCUUCGACUGUGAGACCAACCAGUGGACACGGAUCGGUGACAUGACUGCCAAGCGUAUGUCCUGCCAUGCCCUGGCUUCAGGAAACAAGCUCUAUGUGGUCGGGGGCUACUUUGGAACCCAGAGGUGUAAGACCCUAGACUGCUAUGACCCCACUUCGGACACGUGGAACUGCAUCACCACCGUGCCCUACUCACUCAUCCCCACGGCCUUUGUCAGCACCUGGAAGCACCUGCCGGCGUGAGGAGCACCUGCAGAGCCCAGCCAGACUCUGCGUGUCUCUCCUGCCCCGCGGCUGCGGCCCUCACUUUCACAGAGCGGCCUUGACCCCGCUGCCGCAGUGCAGAGCUCUCCGAGUGGCCAGAAGCCGACUGCACCAGCUCCAGGCUGCAGCAACCUCGAGGCUGUUCUGAGCUUUAGACAAGACAAGCGUCCUGUGGCCCUGGAAGCCUCUUCAGCUUCGAGUGGUUUGCAUGGAAGAAGAGCAGCCAGAGGACAGGGGUGCCAGCAAAACUCCCCUGGGCCUUUGGGGAGGACACACCUGCAAAGGCUCGAGGUCAUCUGUCAGCAAGUCCUGGACUUGGGCUGGGAGGUCAAGGUCAGAGAAGGGGUGGGGUGGCAGCACAGGAGAGCUUUGGGUCACUUAGCACUGAUGGCACAGCCUUUGAUUCUAGGGCUGCUCUCUGGGAGGCUGUAAUGUCACCCACAGCUGCUGUCCCAGACCUCGGGGAGGCAUGUCCACCAGAGUGAGCAGAAGGCUGCAGAGGAGAAAGCAGCAUGGCUUUCACAAAGGCAGAAACCCCACCUAGUGACCUCAUUGACAUCCGCAAGUCUUCAUUAGUACAUGCACUCAGACCCCCAAGGCCAAAGGGGAGAUUCCUGUGGGCAGUGCCCCAUGAGGCCCUCAAACCUUAGUCCACUGGGGACCUGGCCCCAGGAUGCUGUGCCUAGGAGGCUGGGUCAACUCAGCAAGACUCGAGGCCCUAGGAACCGUCCCCUCAGCCCACCCUAAGAGGCAGUAGUGACUCCCUCUCCUGAUGGGACUGCAUCCAUCAACAGCACCAAGGGCUCUUUCGGGAGACCACACCUGUCCUCAGGUGGUGGCCCUGCCCUCUAAGACUAGGGGCAGCUGUGAGCUGGGGAUAACAGAAUUACCACAGGGCACCCGUUACAGAUACUCCAUGGCCAGG